UAUGUUCGUGGAUCAGAAAGGGAUGAACGUGCAAUGUAAUUCGGGAAUUCUCCCUCUUCAGUUGCCUUUUCGGUCAUGUUGACUUGAAAAGAUCACCUGCUACUGCACUUCAAGGCAACUAGAGCCUAACAGGAUAUCUCAAAGUUAAAGAAAAAAAGAUUCAGCCUUACAUGUUACCGCUACACUAGAGGCAGAAGAUUCAUGGCAGGUAGACAGCGCAGAACGUUAAGAGAUGACAUCUUAUUUGGAUUAAUACCUGUGAAGCCUUGAGCUUGUCUUCUACAGUCAUCAUUUUCGGCUGCUGUUCUUCUGAAAAAUGACUGCAACUGGAGGAUAUUCUUGUGUACUGUAGUGGUCUGCACUCUUCUGCCCCCUCCUCUCCCUUGCCUCUGAUUCUCCACUCCAUCUCUACAAGCUGAGGGACGGGCAUGAAGAAGGCAGCUCAGUGGUCUGAGGAAGAGGUUGGUCUGUGGCUCGCUGAAGAGGGCAUGCAGGAAUAUGCUGGACCCCUGCGAAACAUGGACGGCCGAGCCUUGUUGCAGCUCUCUCAGGCUGACUUCCAGAAGCCUCCUCUAUCCCGAAUCACAUCAGAUGGCGGGAAGCACCUCCUGGAGAAGAUCAAGGCGCUCAACAUUGAGCACCAUAUCGAAGUGCAUAAAAAUGGCUUUGCCAACGGUCAUGUGGUCGUAUCUCACAAUGGUGAUGCCAGUGCCUCCAGCAAGAACAAACGGAAUGGUUUGGUCAAUGGCUAUAAUAAGGAACUGGUGCGUAUUCCCAUACCUGAGCCAACUGGCCCACAGUUCCCCACCGAAUGGGGCAAAACCGGUGUAGCCUUUUUAUACGCCAUCUGCUGCUUCGUCAUCACCACCAUUGUGAUCUCUAUAGUGCACGAGCGUGUGCCUCCUAAGGAGGCGACCCCUCCCUUACCUGACAAGUUUUUUGACUUCUUCGACCGAGUGGAGUGGGCUUUCUCCGUAUGUGAGAUAAACGGGAUGAUUCUGGUGAUCUUGUGGAUCAUACAGUGGAGUCUCAUGAAACACAAGUCAAUUGUUGGCAGGCGGUUCCUGUUCAUUGUGGGGACCCUGUAUCUGUACCGGUGUAUCACCAUGUACAUUACUACUCUGCCUGUUCCAGGGAUGCACUUUAAGUGUUCACCCAAGUUGUAUGGUGACUGGGAGUCCCAGAUGCGGCGGGUGAUGAAGAUGAUCGCUGGUGGCGGCUUAACCAUUACUGGCUCUCACAACAUGUGUGGAGACUACCUAUACAGCGGUCACACUGUCAUGCUGACCCUCACCUAUCUCUUCAUGAGAGAAUACUCACCUCGACGGUUCUGGUGGUACCAUUGGGGCUGCGGGGCACUAUGUGUCGUGGGUGUUUUCUGCAUCCUCCUCGCUCAUGACCACUACACUAUAGAUGUAGUCGUAGCCUACUUCAUCACUACACGCCUUUUCUGGUGGUACCACACCAUGGCCAACCAGCCAGACCUGAAGGGGGCAUCUCAGAGCAAUUUCCUGUCCCGUGUGUGGUGGUACAGGUUUUUCCAGUACCUGGAGCGGAACGUCCAAAAUGUCGUCCCCCGGAGCUACCACGUUCCCUUUUCGUGGAGAUCGCUGCAGUUGGGUCAUGUGAAGUACAGCAGGAUUGACUCAGAUUGACUGCGGUUUCCAACCGGGGAGUAGGACUUGAAACACUUGCCUUAAGAGCCAGGACUCAAUCACAUGAUGAUAGCCUAACAAACUCUCAUUCUUAAGCCAAUCCCUUUAGUACUGAGCUACAAGGCACUGUGACUGUCAAAAACUCAUCCAAAGCAUUUCAUUCCUCACACACUGCCCACAUUCCAUCUGCAUUUUAGACCCAAUCUACUGCCGGCUAUGUAGUAUGUAGUAUACAGGGCUAGAAUGGCUAAUGUCUUUAUCACCUAGAUUAAGAUGGGGCAUGCCAAAACAGAUCACUUUGUCAGAAAUAUUAAACAAAUGACUGCAUUCCCCAUUGUCUUCUGGGUAGAUGUUUAAACUUGGUCCUUUAGUUGAGCCUGCAUUUAAUUAAAGUAGAUGGGCUUGUAGUGGUCAGUUUCUGUGAACAUUUCCUUGUGCUUACAGGAGACUGAGCCAGUAAACUGACUAACUUGAGAAAGACUCUAGACAUUUCCCCCAAGCAUUGGACGAAGAGUCGUCUUUUCAAAGUAUGUUUAACCCCUAAUAUAGAAAUGUCCCUUUAACUGAAAUCCUGCCAUCCUGAAAGGCCCCACGAAGGACUUCAGGUGGAGGGCAGUUGUGUGUUUGGAGAGAAUUAUCCUUUUGUAGUUGUCCAUAGAUUUGCAAAACAAGUUUCUAUGAAAAUAAAUUAUUUUUCAAACAGAUCUGUUACAUUUUUUUAAACAGAGAGCAAAUGAAGACAAGAAUACUGUUUUGGUGAUAAAGUUCCUCAGUGCCUUUUUUGCCAUGAAUGAUUUGUGUGGUCAGUUGUUAUAUGGUUAUGUAUUUACGUUGUAAUUACGGUCUCAGUUGUGCAUUGCUGUUGACGUAAACUCUUUAAAGGAGCACUCUAGCCUUUUCUCUCUAUCCUAAUCCCAACCUAAUCUCUCUCUCUGCUGCAUCUAAAGAGUAUUGUCAGUUACCAUGAACAGUAAUUUCACCUUAAUUAAA